CAUUCAAACAAACAUCUCAUCGUAAUUAACUUCAUAAAUAUAGCUUAAUAUAAUAAAAUUAAAUAAAACACAAUGACGCAACCAAAUGACAACGCAAAUGGCAGGAAAAUUGAACAUCUGGAUGAUAUUGUAAACAAAAUCAACAUGGGUGACAAAAAGUUCCAUUCUGAAACGUCUCUCCAGAAUUUCGCUGAAGAAGAGGAGACACAAAGUCCACAUGUCAUUAAGGAUCCAGGGGUGCAUAAUACUACUAUUAGUAACGCCAUUCAUUCCGACGAACACUUGGUUAUGAGACGCACCAUGUCACAGCCAGGGCCGGUGUCGGGAGGUCUUGUGACUGCCACAGCAGCACGAGCCGCAAGAAAACGUGCAACCAGAUCCGUCAACUAUGCUGCUGAUCUUGACAUGAGUGAUUCGGACAGAGUACCCAGACUUGUUAUACAGAAAGCCGGAGACGAUUCAGGCACAGCCACGCCGACAGGUGAUAGAAACAGUCCAUUCCCUUCAAUUUACAAUAGCAACUACCGAAACGGAGACCUGAAGUCACUUAAUGGCUACAGACUUUAUCCGCCACCGAAUGGGACUCCGCGGAAGCGUUCUGAGGUCACGAUGGAUGCGCAAUCCUUAAGAUCUGUAGAGACUCAUGCGCCGCCGCCCACUGACCCUCAAGUAAAUAAAAAGUUGACAGGGAAAUAUGUGACAGAAAUAGCCGGCAGCAUGUAUGCUACAAUAUUGGUCACUCUCGGACUAAUAGUCCAUGUAGGAGACACAUUCGUAGAUGCUCCAGUCGCUGCGAUAUACUCAAUAGUACUAGCCAGCAUCGGUUUGUUAUACCACAUAUAUUUAAUAAUAGAUAUAAGUCGGUACAAAUCUUUGGCGUUGAAAAACCAAAAAAUCAGACAAGAUCAUGAAGCAAAGAUGGCAGACUUCUAUAGAAAACACGAGGAAGAAUUCGGCAUUACCGCUCCUGGAGAUCGUACUCCAAGCGAGGUAUACAAGCUUCCGCCUGGGCUACCACCGCCGCAAUUAAUCAAAUUGAAACAUGACUACUGCUUCAGCCAUGGCAGGCAUUCUGGUAGUUUCUACCUCAAAUUAGGCGCUGCUGGUUUCGCUUUUGGUAACCUGGUCCAUGCUGUACUGCUUAUCACUGCCCAACUGGGCUUUAUAUUCGAUGACAAUAUUGAAAAUGAGUAUUGCGUGGAAUACGUACAAGUUGCUAUGGACUUCUUCAACCCUAUCUACUGCUUCGUCCAGCUUUUCUUCGUGUUUAAAUACUCUAACGUCAUCAUUUUGAAACAUCAAGGCAUAGCUUGUAUUGCGUUUAUGCACAUAAUCGGUAGCAGCCUUUGUUUCUGGAUAUCGGCUAUAGUGCGUGAAACUAUACUUGCAUUGACGAUGUAUGCUCAGUCUAUCUACGGAAAACAAGAUGAAAACUUUCAUGAACUUAAUAAUUAUACAUCUCUUGAACCUAAAGUAGGUGGCUUCAUAAAUAUAGGCGAUUUAUAUGACGAGAAUUGUGUGGGAUCGUCAGCUAUCACCGCCAUCGUUGAAAGCUUCUCUCCAUAUUUGUAUCCGUUCAGUGUAGAAUUUAACAUUCUCAUUGUGGCGGUGUAUUAUAUCAUAUGGAGUAAUAUUGGUCACUGCAACAAUGAAGAACCUUCCGGAAAUUCUGAGACUCAAGCUUCAGUUGAUGACUCAUAUUCAAUUUGCAAAAUCCCAACGGCGAAUGAAGACAACGACUACACAAGUAACAUAGUAAUACACGCUGACUGCCACGCCUCCAACAAGGGUCUGUUCUUAGGCCUGAUUAUUAUGGUCGUUAUCAUGGGAAUGCUUAUCAUUGGUUUCGUAUUCAGUAGCGUCGGCGGAGAAUUCCUGGAAUUAGGCUAUCUUCUUAACGAUGCAACGAAACUAGCCUUGCAUACUGUAAUGCUUUUCGCCGUCAUCUUGGCCUUCGCUCAAAUAAUCAAAUUGGACAUCAAUGAGCAUUCGAUAUCACUCCUUGAUGACAUUCUUCUCUUCGUUUGCUUGCCUCCCUUUGUUAUGGAAGCCGUUUUCUCCUUGAUUGCCACGCUUACCAUCCUCAACGUUGUAAAGAGUAUUGACUUUUGUAUAAUGGUUGUGCAAGUCCUCAUACAAACGCCGUUGAUUAUGGAUGCUUUGCGGCGAUGUAGUAACACCAGGAAGUUAAGACAGUCGAAGCCUGGUAGGGAGGUAAUAAUGUUACUCAUUAUCACCAAUGUCGCAAUGUGGGUAUUCUACACAUUCUCCUACAAAUCCCCGGACAGUCUUGAUGAAAGGUACACCUUUUACGGUAAGGUAGUCUGGACGAUCCUCGGACACGUAAGUCUACCACUCAUCAUGUUUUAUAGAUUCCACUCCAGCGUAUGCUUCGCUGAUAUUUGGGACUCUGCGUAUAAACCCGGCUCAGAACAUUGAUAACAUAAUAAGGCGAUUUGUAAUAAUGUAUAUAUUAGCAUUUUUUGCAACCUGUGCCUACUAUUUUUGAGUUUAUCCUGGCAACUCACGUUUGCCAGGAAGAAAUUGCUAUGAACUAAUAAGGUCAAUGGGCAAAAUAAAGAAUACCUUUUAUUUGUCAUUGGAUUUUAUUUUGUGUACAAUAAGGAGUAUUUGUAUUGUAUUGUAUUGUAUUUAUUAAGACUGUGCUGUUAUUAAUGUUAUUGUAGGUAAUGGUAAGUUGUUCGUGUAGAUUUAGAUUACUCUGUAGAUUGCAUUACUAUAAGUUCCAGAUAUACGUAUAGUGUAAUAUUAU